UCGGUGUCGACGGUCCGAAACACGGGAGAAUGGGGAACAAUGGGGCAUCAAACCCAUGGCGACGGCUUUCUAUAAGAUGCAUGGCGCGCCGUCCCGACUCACCACCAACAUGGUUUCUUCGUAGCUGAUCCCGUCUCCUGUCUGUUUACCUAUCUCCCAUUCCCUAUCUUACCUGCCUUACCUCCCUUGCCUUAGGUUACCUUACCUUACCUCAUCACCUCUCGCCCUCUUCGCUCACCACCCUCCUACUCCACAGUCCGUCUAUUUUCCCGGACGCGGGUGUGUGCGUGCUCUCUCUGUUCACCAGCACCGUUCAUGCUCUCCUGAGCUCUACAAAAACGUCUUCGCCAUGUCUCUCCCCAAGGACUUUCUGUGGGGGUUUGCUACGGCAUCAUACCAGAUCGAGGGUGCUGCCGAGACCGAUGGCCGUGGCCCGUCCAUCUGGGACACGUUCUGCGCGGUCCCGGGCAAGAUUGCCGAUGGCAGCUCGGGAGUCGUGGCCUGCGACUCGUACAACCGCACCAGCGAGGACAUCGGCCUCCUCAAGUCGCUCGGCGCCACGGCCUACCGCUUCUCCAUCGCCUGGACCAGGAUCAUCCCCCUGGGCGGCCGCAACGACCCCAUCAACCAGAAGGGCAUCGACCACUAUGUCAAGUUCGUCGACGACCUGCUCGCCGCCGGCAUCCAGCCCUUCAUCACCCUCUUCCACUGGGAUCUGCCCGACGGCCUCGACAAGCGCUACGGCGGCCUCCUGAACCGCGAGGAGUUCCCCCUCGACUUUGAGCACUACGCCCGCACCAUGUUCAAGGCCAUCCCCAAGUGCCAGCACUGGAUCACCUUUAACGAGCCGUGGUGCUCGUCCAUCCUCGGCUACAACACGGGCUACUUCGCCCCCGGCCACACGUCGGACCGCUCCCGCUCCGCCGUGGGCGACAGCGCCCGCGAGCCCUGGAUCUCCGGCCACAACAUCCUUGUCGCCCAUGGCCGCGCCGUCAAGGCCUACCGCGACGACUUCAAGCCCUUGCAGGGCGGCGAGAUCGGCAUCACCCUCAACGGCGACGCCACGUACCCGUGGGACCCCGAGGACCCGGCCGACGUUGAGGCCUGCGACCGCAAGAUCGAGUUCGCCAUCAGCUGGUUCGCCGACCCCAUCUACUUUGGCCACUACCCCGAGUCGAUGCUCAAGCAGCUGGGCGACCGCCUGCCCACCUUCACCGCUGAAGAGGUCGCCCUCGUCAAGGGCUCAAACGACUUUUACGGCAUGAACCACUACACGGCCAACUACAUCAAGCACAAGCCCGGCUCGCCGCCCGAGGACGACUUCCUCGGCCACCUCGAGACCCUCUUCUACAACAAGAACGGCGACUGCAUCGGCCCCGAGACGCAGUCCUUCUGGCUGCGGCCGCACGCCCAGGGCUUUCGCGACCUGCUCGGCUGGCUCAGCCGCCGCUACGGCAACCCCAAGAUGUACGUGACCGAGAACGGCACCUCGCUCAAGGGCGAGAACGACAUGUCGCUGGAGAAAAUCGUCGAAGACGACUUCCGCGUAAAGUACUUUGACGACUACGUGCGCGCCAUGGCCAAGGCCGUCUCCGAGGACGGCGUCGACGUCCGCGGCUACCUCGCCUGGUCCCUCAUGGACAACUUCGAGUGGGCCGAGGGCUACGAGACCCGCUUCGGCGUCACCUACGUCGACUACGUCAACGACCAGAAGCGCCACCCCAAGAAGAGCGCAAAGAGCCUCCAGCCCCUGUUCGACACCCUAAUCAAGAAGGACUAGAGAGGGCGCUGGUGCGAGAUACCUAAGGUACCUAGAUGGAAAGAGGGG